UGUGGUUGGCUCGCCACAGAAAGGCGGUGAUCCAAGGAGGCUAUACAUUCCUCUAUAACGCCGUGGACCCCUCUGUCCCGGGAUAGAUCUCAGGUGGAUCCUCGUUGGUGAGUUCAUGUUGAGUGUGUCCGGGGCUGUUUUCUGUUGAACGUCGGUGAAGUGGCCACAGACCGUCUGCAAUGGGACGCGGAGAUUGAGCGCUACCUGCGUACCUGCUGAGAGUACGUACGGCGGACUACAACUGAAGCCGUGUACACGAUGGCGAGCUGCUGGACAUGGUGCCGCAACACCUGUGUGUGCUGUUUGUCCGAGGAAGAAAAGGAGAUUGUUAAGAACCACAAGAAGAUCCAGAAGGAGCUCGACAAACAGAAGAAGAAAGAAAGAAAAGAAAUCAAAAUCCUGCUGUUAGGAACUGGGGAGAGUGGCAAAACUACUUUUAUCAGACAGAUGCGUAUCAUCCAUGGCAAAGGCUUCUCUGAAGUGGACAGAAAGACUUUUGCUAAAUGUAUAUUUCAGAACAUCUUCACAGCCGUCCAAGCCAUGACAGCUGCAAUGACAACACUCAAAAUCCCCUACUCCAACCCAGAGAAUGAGAUCUAUGCCAAGUGGCUGCAGGAGAUAAACACAGUGCAGAUUACUCAGUUAGAGCGAGGAUACGUGGAUGCCAUCAGACGCCUGUGGGCGGACUCAGGCAUCAGAGUUUGCUACAGUCGCCGGUGCGAGUACCAGCUCCUCGACUCCACCGAGUACUAUCUGAGCAACUUGGACCGCAUUGCUUCCCCAGACUACAUACCCACAGAACAAGACGUGCUGCGAGUUCGAUUCCCAACAACAGGCAUCCAUGACUACUCCUUCACCAUCAAAAACAUCACUCUAAGGAUUGUAGAUGUUGGCGGUCAGAAGUCAGAGCGUCGCAAAUGGAUUCACUGUUUCGAAAAUGUCACUUCUCUCAUUUUUCUGGCAUCCCUCAGCGAGUAUGAUCAAGUUCUGGAGGAAAGAGAAACAAUUAACCGCAUGAAUGAGAGCCUGUCUCUGUUCUACAUCACCAUCCACUCACCCUGGUUCCUCACCACCUCCAUCAUACUUUUCCUCAACAAGACUGACAUCUUAGCUGACAAAAUACAGACUUCUGACUUGAAGAGAUACUUCCCCAGCUUCCCUGGUCAGAGGCAGAACGUGAAGGAUGCACAGAUGUUUAUCCGCCGGAUGUAUGAGGAGAGGUCUGUCAACAAGACUCUGUAUCCACACUUCACCUGCGCCACUGACACGAACAAUAUCAGGAAGGUCUUUGAUGACGUUAAAGACACGGUUCUGCUCAAGUCACUGGGAGAUUAUGGCAUUCUAUGAGUAACCACCAGUCCACCGUUGUGAUCAAGCAAAAAUUAAGUCUUAUUUUUAUAAAACAUGAAGGAUUUUAUGAGCCUCACUGAUGUUUCUCUUUUCCAUUUUGACAUGAGAAAAUCUGAAGACUCAAUCUUAAAGCACCAUCUUGGAGGAGAUUACAAUAGUGUUUACUGCCCACAAGCAUCAGAGGAAGCAGUCAACACAUCCGGAUACAUCCUUUUAUUACUGCCAGAAGCUUUUUCUGCCUUUAUUUUUUAUGGAUUGACUGAACUAAGCUACACACACACAAACAGCCAAUAAGAAUGCUUUACACUUACAAGAAGAGACCUUAAUUUCAUUCACAAAAACACACAUUUCCUCUCUGAAUGCUUCAUAGAGCUACAUGUGUUGUGUAUUGGUUUAUUAUAAAGAUACAUUUUAUAUAAACAAUACCCGGGUGUCUUUGUGUUCCUGAAGCAGCUUGUGGAACUGUCUUGGAUGCACAUCCAAGCCCUGCACCCCAGCAUCAGAGACUGGGCUAUUGUACUUUCUUUUGUUAUAGAAUAAUUAAAAUUUUCAGUAUGUUCUGAUGA